GUGCUCUUCUACAGUCCAACAAUUUAGCAGCGAGGGGGGGAGACUCUGCGGUAUCUGCCUGGAAAACAGUGGACGGGGGAAAAAGACCACGACAUGCGAACGCACCGUGCGCGGUGAUCCUCCUCCAGGUGAGCGGCCGAGCAGGAGCCUCCUGUCCCGGACACGGAGCGUUGAACCGCCGCAGAGGACCGCAGACGGGAGGAGCAGCCGAACAUCAGCUGCGGGCCGGAACCGAACCGGUGAGCGAGAGAGAGAGAGCGCCUCCUCACAGAUGGGUUAAACCCGCUCUGCUGUCGCCGCGAACCGAGCCUCUGCCGAACCACACCACGGGGACUGUGAUGUAGGAACCUGCUGACCCGGUUCUGAUCCACCUCCGCAUCAUCAUCGCCCCCGCACCCCCCACCACCCACCAUGCCGGCGGGGAUGAAGCCGCUGGAGAAGUUCCUGAAGAAGCAGACCACCGCGCUGACCCGGGCCGGGGGCUUCGUCGGCGGCGGGGUGGCGGACAAGACAAGCAGUGGAACCGGAUCGUCCCGGAGGAGGGCCAGUCUGUCCCGGGUCGUCCCGUUCUUCAGGGAGACGUCGCCAGAAACCGGCCUCGCUCGAGAGGUAUUCAGCCCCGACACUGAGGACCCCCCUUCCUGGCCCACGGCCACCGCUCUGGUCCCAGCAGUUCCCUGUGGCGGUUCCGGAUCCGGAGAUGUUCGUUCUCCGUCUCUGUCCAGCGACGAGCAGAGCUCCGAGGCCAGUCUGGUGAUGGAGACGGGAGGGGGCGGGGGAGGGACGCAGAUCCACGCCGACACCCCGGACAACUUGACCCUCCUCAUGCUGGACAGCGUUGCUGGAAAACGUAACACCCAGUGCACAGAAACUCUCUUGGACGACUUCAUGUUGACUCACCCAAUCUUCCUGACGGCCGAGAAGUUCCAGCAAUUCCUCCUGCAACAGUUCUCUCUUCAGACAGGUGGGGAGGGCAGGGGGGGUGAGGGCGCUCUGGACGGCGUGGACAGGAAGAAGGCCGUUCUCAGCGUGACCUUCAAAUACCUGGACACCUUCAGAGAGCUCCUGCAGGAGGAGCGAGAACGCAGCAACCACUUCCCCCAGGAACUGUACCUGUGUGCGGUCCAGGACUUGAGUCGUUACCCUGAGCUGGUGGAGGACGUUCUCAAACUGCAGCGGUGGACUGAGAUCUUACACUGCCCUUCUGAGGAGGAGAAGGAGAGCAGGAAGAAGCAGGUCCGUCCGCUCUUCAGACACUUCAGGCGCAUCGACGCGUGUCUGCAGCCACGAGAGGCCUUCAGAGGCUCAGAUGAGAUCUUCUGCCGCGUCUACACCCCGGACCACUCCUACGUCACCAUCCGGAGUCGUCUGUCGUGCCGGGUGGCUGAGAUACUGGCCCUGGUCCGGGAGAAACUCCAGUACAGCGAAGACCAGCCUGUUCUGCCGGGUCACCUGGUCCUGGUGGCGGUCACGUCUGCUGGAGACAAGUCGGUGUUCCGGCCCAGCGACGAGGCGGUCUUCACCACGCUGGGCGUCAACACGCACCUCUUUGCCUGCGAGCCAUCCGAGCUGGAUUCUCUGCUUCCUCUUCCCGAGGAGAUCCACUGGUCCCCUGGAGACAGUAAACUGCAUGACAUGUCUGCAGAGGAAGUGUCCAACCAGUUGGUGGCGUUCGACUGGGAGCUGUUCAGCUGCGUGCACGAGGUGGAGUUCAUCUGCUACGUGUUCCAUGGGGAGCAGUCUCGCUGGCGCCCCCUGAACCUGGAGCUGGUACUGCAGCGCUGCAGCGAGGUCCAGCACUGGGUCGCCACGGAGAUCCUGCAGUGCCACUCGCUGCCCAAGAGGAUCCAGCUGCUCCGCAAGUUCAUCAAGAUCGCCGCUCUGUGCAAGCAGCAGCAGGACCUGCUGUCCUUCCUGGCCGUGGUUCUGGGUCUGGACAACCCUGCGGUCAACCGCCUGCGACUCACCUGGGAGGGUCUGCCUGGGAAGUUCAGGAAGCAGUUCCAGCAGUUUGAGAGCAUCGCGGAUCCAUCCAGGAACCAUAAGUCCUACAGAGACCUGGUAUCCAGCCUCAGACCCCCGCUGAUCCCCUUCACCCCUCUGCUGCUCAAAGACUUGACGUUUCUCCAUGAGAGCUGUAAAUCCUUUCACGGUGACCUUGUGAACUUUGAGAAGAUGCACAAAGUGGCAGAGAUGGUCAGAACCGUCCGGCGGUACCGCAGUGGCCAGUUAGCCCUGGACCAGGACCAGGCCCCUUCUCCGGCCCUGCAGACCAAAGCCUACGUCCGGCAGCUGCAGGUCAUUGACAACCAGAACCUGCUCUUCGACCUGUCCGUGAAACUGGAGCCCCGAGACACGUAGACCUCAGGACCAGAACCAGAACCUGCUCUUUCCUCCUCCAUCCUCCUCUUCUCUAUCCUCUCCUUCGUCCUCAACACCUUCCUCUUUCUUUUCAACUACAAUAUUUGUGAUUGUUUUGUUUUGACGUGACAAACGCAGACAACUUUUCUUGACAAAUAUUAAGUUCUUUGACGUUGUGUUCUAUUUCAGCUAUCGUAUAAUUGCCGAACUUCUAUGGCAACAAUUGUCUGAAUGCUAACCUUGCUAUAGUAACGAUGACGACGUGUGUGUGUUCAGACACUGAUCUUCUUUAUUUUUUUUUAAUGGCCGACGUUUGUCUCGCGCGAUGUUGCAUUGUCGCUGUUGGACCUUAGCGCUCACAGUGCAGACAGGGACUCUGAACAGCCGGAUGACUGACAUCCAUCCAGUUUCUGUAUCGCAGAAUCGUGGCUCACAAACAUUCCACCGAGUUUGACGCUGUAGGACUCUCACCUGAAACUGUGGUAAACAGGAAAUGACACGGCACUUUGGAGAACCUCAGGGCUCGAAGAUGUUUACUUUCCUCUUCCUGUUUCACUUCAGCAUUAGAACUGAGUCGCGUUUCACGCACAGAAUGGCAAGCGUCGGCCUGAAACCUUUUCUUCUGGCUUUCCAUUGUGUUUUUCCGAAGCUGCGGCAUGUGAUGUCGCAGCUUCCCCCUCAAGCAGCCACAUCUGGUUUACUUUCAUCUGCUGUGAAAACUCUGUUCACUUUUCUACACGAAUACUUGGUUUGUUUUAAAAACUCAGGACAGUGAACUCGCAACGAUCGACCGUUUUAAACGUAGGAUUCUGGCUGCAGGCUGAAAUUGUGUGUUUGGGGAAGCCAUCGCAGAAAAGCAUCGCUGAAUAAAUAUAUAAUUUCAUGACGGAGGCGAGAAAGAUGUGAAUUUUGCAAGUUUGUAAAUAAAAUACUAUUUUAUGUAAACGUGAAUCAAACUGACGAAAUAUUCGUAAUGAAUUCAUAAACGAAGACUUUAGUUUGUUCCUUCACUUUACACGUCGAUGUUCUAAAAAUAUAUUUAAUUUUCGGUAUUUCUUUUUGUAAAGAAGUGGAUGUUUACAUGUUUGCACUUCAUCUCAUGGUCGGAGUCGAGUGUUAGGAGGAGGCGGGCCUCGAAGUCGAGUGGGUGUGGCUGAGGAGGUGGAGCCUCUGACGUCUGUCACUUUGAAGCAAUGUUUCAAUUAGGUAGGAAAAUAAAUGUUUAUAAUUAAAAUAUCUAAUUUUACAAAGAAGCUUUUUUAAUUUUAUGUGCAAUUUUACAGGAAGUGUCGCACCUAACGAUCACGCUACUGUGUGAACAAACAAAGUUGUAAUUUUUGGAAUAAAGCAAUCAGUGUAAAUGUUAAAUUUAAGAAAAUAAAGUUAUUUUGCA